AUGAAGACUUCGCCUGAGCGCGUACAAGGCAUCAUCAUCCGGCCUCUCGCGCCUGGGAACCACAGCUCUUCGCACGAGGGUAUAGUGUGCUUGUCAGGUGACCGAGCUCAGUCACUCGUCGACCAGGUGCCGCGAAACGCAGUGCCAGCUUGUGGCUGGUACGAAUGUUCACUUUCCGCCAAGCUGGGCAUCCCCCUCAAGCUCGGACUGGGCGUCCUCGAUACAGAACAUAGCGGGCCCAAUUACGCAGCGCAGCUGCUCACAAUGCAAUCCGAUCCCAGCGAGGUGGACUUUGGAAGGUCAGUCACCGGCUUGCUGUUCGGUGACAUAAUCCUUGCGAGGACAUCGGGGAACCAGGGGCUCAGUCUAAAGAACGUGCGGAGGUUGCUGGAGUAUGUGCAUUUUGGGUUAAUGGAGAUGAAGCUAAUGGGUAUUAAUGACGAGCUGAGUCGGGCCGCAAGAGCAGAGGGUGCGCGGGUUAUAGCUGGGAAAAUCACGGCGAAGUCCAUGAAAGAGUUCAGGAAGCAGCCGGAAGAAAGUGGACCGAGCGCUGUCGCGACUGCUAGGACCAAGUAA